GCCUUAUAAAACUAUACCAUAUAAUAUUGUAUUUAGACAACUUCCUUAUAGUAAUACAAACAUAUCUGCAAUUUUAAACAAUAAUGAUUAUAAAAAUGAUAUAGAAAAUGAUAAUUAUCAAGAUUUAUAUGAAGAAAAUGAUGAUUAUCAAAAUUUAUUUGAAGAAAAUGAUCAAAAUUCACUUGAAGAAAAUAAUGAUCAUCAAAAUUUAUUUGAAGAAAAUAAUCAAAAUUCAUUUGAAGAAAAAGAUAAAUCUAAUAAUUAUUUUUCUGAUAAAGAAUCAAUUAAAUUAGAGUGUUCAAAAUUUGCAAAUAACAUUAAGCUCAAUAAUACAAAGUCUGAAGUUAUUGUAAUUAGUGAUUCUGAAUCAGAUAUUACUACCUAUAAAAAAGGAAAACAGCAAGCAUAUAAAUAUUCUAUCAAACCACAAAAAAAUGAA